CUUCCACGAGAAAUUUAUUAUUAUAACGUAUACGUCGCUUACAAAAUUCGAGGUAACGAUCGCUUUCGAAAGAAUAUUUGUGCAGCUACUAAAGUCUUCAAGUGCAUUUACUAGCCUAAAAUAAUGAGUAAACCGGGCAGUGCUCCUCCGCAAUUCACCUAUGUGCCGCCCCCCUCGGCACCGCCCUCUUACCAGGAGGCGGUGGGCGGGGUGAAACCCGUGGGUCCAUACACGCCCGUUGUGGCUCCAGCGACCACGGCGAACACCACGAUCGUGACCACGGUGGUGCCCAUCAGUCGCACCUCGACGCACAUGAUCUGUCCAUCGUGCCACGCCGAGAUUGAGACGACCACGCGUACCGAGCCCGGAAUGAUUGCCUACUUGUCCGGAUUUUUGAUUGCCCUCUUUGGCUGCUGGCUGGGAUGCUGCCUGAUACCUUGCUGCAUCGACGACUGUAUGGAUGUUCACCACUCGUGCCCCAAUUGCCGGGCAUACUUGGGGCGCUACCGUCGAUAAGAUCCUGCCACCAUGCCAUCCGAUUCAGUGGUGUACUGUGUUUAAAUUUAAGCAAGCGUUUUUGCCUUUAUUUAUUUAAUUGUAGUAAUGUCGUUUGGAUUCCACAGCGAAGGCAGAUGGAACGAGCCCAGGCUUCCCCUAAAACUAAUGCUAACCUGCUAAAAUUUCUUCGCCGUCUUAUAUAUAUUGAUUCGCCCUCUUUAACUGUUACGUCAUUGUUUCUGCCACGUUUAAAAUAGUAAUAUGUACACAAUUAACUAUUCAAUCCUUCGCGGACAGGACAACUACUACGAAAAUGAAAAAUCAAAUUCGCUUCACCAUGUAUUAUAAAUGCCUGAGCACAAGCUUUGUAAAGUCGCAUGAUUGUCCAGCGCGAAAAAUAAACCUUAAAAUAUAUGUACAAAUUGUAAUCUAUUCAAGAUCAGCUUCGGUUUUUUGCACAAUGUUUCAUAAGUAUAAAUGAUACAGAAAGGAUGUAGUCAAAAAGACAAAUAACGCGAUGUUUUUGUAACAAUUUGAAAUUUAGCGAAAGUGCAUAUUGUAUACCAGAAAGCUAAUCUCUGUAUUAAUUAAUCACCAAUUCUAUAUAUUUGACUUUUUAUUUUUAAAUAAAACCGAAAUUGUCACUAAAUGAA